GUUCCUUAUUCUGCAGCAAUAUGAAGAUCUCCUGCCUUUCCCUCUGCCUCCUUUCUACAAUGUGCUGGUUGUAUUCGACACCAACAACUGGGAACAAAAUCUUCCAAUUUGGACCUUGCAUGAUUUCAAUGAACGUUAAUGAAAUUAGAGCCAGCUUCACAGUGAUCAAAGCAACCAUUCAAUCUAAAGAUGAACGUUCUGACAUCAGAAUCUUACACAAAUCAUAUUCUUUGCAAGACACUGCGCCUAUGAACGGGUGUUGUUUCCUUCGUCACUUGUUAAGAUUUUAUCUGGCUACCGUUUUCAGCCACUGCAAGGCAUCCAGUCCCCGCGCCAGCAGGAGGGUCAGCAGCAUAGCCAACUCCUUUCUCAGCAUCAAGAAGGACCUGAGGCUCUGUCAUGAAGUCAGCAUGUGCCACUGUGGAGAGGAUGUGAAGCACAAAUGUGGACAAAUCCUGAGCCAGUAUGAAAAGAUGGACGUAGCCUCUGCAGGUCUGAAGGCACUUGGGGAGCUGGAUAUCCUAUUGGACUGGAUGGACUAGGCUGAUU